UUGAGUUCUUUACUAAUAAAUUAAAAGUGUGUACAAUGAAGCAGGAUGGCUCAUGCUGAAAAUCAUAGAUAUAUUGUGCAGGUCUUUGUGGGAGCGCUCUCUGCACAAUAUGAAGCUUUGUCAGUCGAAGCCUCAAAGCAAACAAGUUCUGAAGAGAUAGUUUGUUGCAUUGCUGACAAACUUAACUUGAACAAUGGAUCCGGGGGACCUUAUGAAUUGGCAGAGGUUGUGGGCGAUAUGGUCAGCGGAGAGUGUAAAGAGAGGCGACUCGGACCCAACGAGUCGCCCGUCGCAGUUAUGAUGCUGUGGCCCAACAACAACUCGGGACAAUACUACAGGUUCUACCUUCGGGAGAAGAUUCCCGACGAGCCAUGGAUGGAAAACUUCUCCGUGGAUCCGCAGCUCAUAAAGGACUACUUCCAGAGGUUUCUGUACCAACCUAAGGAUAGAGAAUACCCGGACUUGUGCCAAUUGCCCGAACUGAACGAACAGACGCUACUGGACAACCUGAGAGCCCGAUUCGCCGCCGGGUAUAUCUACACAUAUGUCGGAUCCAUCUUAAUAGCCCUCAAUCCCUUCAAGUUCUAUCCGAUAUAUAACCCGAAGUAUGUAAAGUUGUAUCAAAACAAGCGGAUAGGGUCGAGCCUCCCGCCUCACAUAUUCGCAGUAGCCGACGCGGCAUACCACUGUAUGCUACGAGAACGAACGAAUCAAUGUAUAGUGAUAAGUGGUGAAAGUGGUUCAGGGAAAACAGAGAGUACAAAUUUUCUUCUCCAUCAUCUCACUGCGCUAAGUCAGAAAGGAUCUCAUGGAAGUGGCGUGGAGCAGACUAUAUUAAGCGCCGGUCCAGUGCUAGAGGCUUUCGGUAACGCGAAAACAGCUCACAACAAUAACUCCAGUCGUUUUGGGAAAUUUAUUCAAGUUAAUUACAAGGAAAAUGGCAUGGUUCAUGGUGCUGUUGUGCAGAAGUAUCUUUUGGAAAAGUCUAGAAUAUGUAGUCAAGGUCGAAACGAAAGGAACUAUCAUGUGUUUUACUAUCUUUUGGCGGGUGCUUCUGAGCAAGAAAAGGAACAGUUGCACCUGCUCAGUGUGGACAAAUAUAAUUACUUGUCGAAGACUGGUUGUAGUGUAGUGCCCGGCGUUGACGAACAGUAUGAGUUCUCGAGACUCAAACAAUCUAUGGACAUGGUUGGGUUUACCUUGGACAAGCAGCGACGGUUGUUUGCCGUUCUCUCGGCUGUACUCCUCCUGGGCAACGUCGAAUUCCAACCGCAAAGAAAGUCAUACCAUCACGACGAGGCAGUAGGUGUGCGGAAUCCAGAAGUCGUAUCUCUCAUAUCAUCACUGCUGCGAGUUAAACAAGAGACAUUGCUUGCAGCGCUAACGUCUAAAAGAGCUAGAGCUUCCGGGGAAACACUUGUUAUUAAUUAUAGGUUGCCAGAAGCAAUUGCCACAAGAGAUGCGAUGGCGAAAUGUCUGUACGGUGCUCUGUUUGACUGGAUAGUGAUGCAGGUCAAUCACGCGUUGCUCUCUAAAAAAGAUACACUCAGGGAACACCAAGGACAUAGUAUAGGCGUCCUCGACAUAUUCGGCUUCGAGGACUUCGGUCCGAGCAACAGCUUCGAGCAGCUGUGCAUCAACUACGCGAACGAGCACCUGCAGUACUACUUCAACCAGCACGUGUUCAAGUACGAGCAGGAGGAGUACCGGCGCGAGGGCAUCCGCUGGACCGACAUCGGCUUCUCCGACAACACGGGCUGCCUGCAGCUCAUCGAGGGCAAGCCCGGCGGCCUGCUGUGUCUGCUGGACGACCAGUGCAAUUUCCCAUGGGCGACGAAUGAAACUCUCCUGCAGAAAUUUAAUUCCGUGCACGAAGAUAAUCCCUUCUAUGAAAAACCGCAACGACGGGAACCGGCGUUCGUAGUGCGACACUAUGCCGGAAGGGUUAAAUAUCAGGUGACAGCAAUGCGUGAGAAGAAUUUAGAUCUAAUGCGACAAGACAUCGUAAGCGUGUUAAAGAAUUCUUCCUUGGCAUUCGUACGAGAGUUAGUAGGUGUCGAUCCAGUCGCAGUGUUCCGAUGGGCCAUUGUGCGAGCUUUUUUCAGGGGAUAUUUUGCCUUCUUAGAAGCUGGCAGGAGACAUCGGGUAAAUAGAGUCGAGGGAGCGUCAAGGGUACAAAGAGCGUCUAUACAUGCGCCGAAUGACAGUAUUAUCAGCCAACUGGUGACAGUAUCGUCAAUCAAUCUCGCAAUCAACCGCAUUGCUGGACGGACCGUUCGAUGGCGAGCCUCCGCCCGGCCCGCUAAGCGCAGCCUAGCUCGGUACUAACGGGCGCCGCGCAGCCGGGCUCGCGCCCGCGAGGCGCCGCGCGGCAAACCUUACAGGCUGGCGGAGACGCGCGCGCGCCGCCUCGAGCGCGACGAGCGCUUCGACGACGCGGACGUGCUGCAGCGCGCCAGCCUCAUCGUCAUGAAGAACAAGUCGUUCAGGCCCCGCGAGCGCGCCAAGAAGGGCCUCAAGAACCUGCAGAGCGUGAAGACGCUGGCGGGCCGCACGGCGCCGGCCGGCAAGCGCAAGCAGCCGCUCACCGUGGCCGCGCAGUUCCAGCACUCGCUCGCCGCGCUCAUGGAGACGCUCAACCAGGCCAACCCGUUCUUUAUUAGGUGUAUAAAAUCGAACAGUGAUAAAGUGCCAAAUGUGUUCGACGAGGAGACAGUACAACGACAACUGCGAUACACGGGCAUGUUAGAGACGGUCCGCAUCAGACAGGCGGGGUACAACGUGCGCCUCACGUACGAAGAGUUUAUACAGUUGUACAGAAUACUCUUACCGAAAGGAUUGCUAAGCUCGCAGACGGACGUACGACACUUCCUCGCUACGUUAAACUUAGACAGGGAUAACUACCAGUUAGGCGCAACAAAGAUCUUUAUGCGGGAAAGUGAACAGACAAAGUUAGAAUAUAGGCUACAUCAACAAAUCAUGGCGUCCAUCAUCACCAUCCAGCGCUGGUUCCGCGCCGUACUAGAGCGACGGCGUUUUCUGGCGCUACGACGCGCUUCUCUCGUGAUACAGGGAUACUGCAGGCAGUGGCUGGUGGCGCGGCAGGAGGCGGCGCUGCGCGUGCAGGCGUGGUUCCGCGGGCGGCGCGUGCGGCGCUGGUUCGUGCGCCUGCGCGGAGCCGUCGUGCUGUUCCAGGCGGCGGCGCGCGGCGCGCUGCUGCGGCGCGCGCUGCCGGCGCUGCGCGGCCGCUCGCCGCGCCGCCCCGCGCCCGCGCUCCAGCAUGAGAACAAAGCGGCGAUCGUUCCUGACUCCGAUGAGGUUAUCAGGAGUAAACAGCACAGUAUCGAGCAACUGAAGAACAUUAUCGAUAUACAACUAAACAUGCUUAUACAAGAAGAGGCUGAGAAGACGAGACAGCUUCGAGCGACUCAAUCACUGCCAUUAGGGAGCUUAGAGAAAAAACGAGAUAUCUUAUUAGAGAGCUCCAGUGCCCAAACAUACAAUAAAAGGAGAAUUUCUAAAACUCAAAAUAUAACAGAACUGCCACUUAAACACUCAAAUCCAAGCUUGGUUAGUCAAGAGACUAACGAAUCAUCACCAGACGACAGCUGGAAUGUAAACUCCAGCAAGUAUCCUCAAGGCAUAGUCGCGUGGCCGAACAAAAUUACUGCAGAAGACCUGGCUAAUGAAUUACUAUGGCUCAGGAUAGACCAAAACUAUCUCAUGGCUGAAAAGAACAAGAUUCGCGAACGCGAGUUAGCGGAGUCGAUCGCCAGCAGUAGUGAGGAGUACCUGCGGCAGGUGGGCGACUGGAGCCCGGCCGAGAGCUCCGACACCACGAAGAGUGGCUCCAGACGGACGUCCCCGCAAGUGUACCAGCGUAGCCUCUCCAGUACCACGCUGGAGCCCCCUGCGCGUGCGCUGCAUUCCUUGCCGCCAGUGCGUCGCGACCCGCGCGACGCGAGAGACGUCAGAGACCCUCGCGACCGCGACUUACGUGAUUGCGCCCCCGCACGUGUAGACACUGACGCUGAUACCGGAACCAAUACACAUAAUGAGUACUUUGUAAAUGGGCCCACCCGUGGCGGACAGUCCCGUGGUGCCCAGCAAGUAACAGUCCCCCCCGCCCCCCCGCCAGCCCGCGCGGACGGCCCGCCCGCGCCGCCGGUGCGCGCCGCGCGCCGCUCGCCCCGCCGCGCGCCCGCCGACGCGCCGCUGGCCGCGCUGCCGGCGCUGCCCGCCCUGCCCGUCCUGCCCGUCCUGCCCGCCGACCACCUCGACGUCAAACGGUGCGGCGAGGCGGCGGGCGGCGAGGCGCUGCGGCGCCGCAACUCCGACCCCGCGCCCGAGCCGCGCGCGCCGCCGCCCGACUACAUCGGCCACACCGGGAACGGACUGUUCGGGAUCGCUGGACACAGAUUUCGGAAAGGUACUAGAUUCGCGAAAGGCGAUAAAUGUGUAUACUGCCAUCAAGCUAUCGACGCGUUCGUCACUCAGGGACAACGAUGCAUCGACUGCAAACAGUUAUACCACACGAAGUGUAUACAGAAUAAGGGAGUGAUCACGAUGCCCUGUCCCAGCCCCGUAACAGUUGCGUCCCGUAAAAACAGAAAACGAGUAAUGCUGAAUAAAGAUUCACCAUACAGUUUAACGACGGACCAGUCCAAAGGUUCCGUCAGUUCUAAUUUCAGUUUGACCGGUACCUCGGAAUUCAUGGACAGGACAGACAAGAUAAUAUCGGAUGCGACAGAGCUACAGGCUAUGCAAAAUUUCAUCACAAAGAAAAUAUACCUAAUGGAUGCGUCUGAAAAUGAAAAACAGUCAGAAGUGGAUAGAGUAUUUAAACACGCACUGAGGGAGUUCAAAGAUAAUCUGGUAGCCACUUACAGCAUAGUAGAAACUCGAGGGUCAGCUCUCAAAUACAAAGAUUUGAUUGGUAACUUUUUACACGUGAUGGAAACGGUUUGUGCCAGAGAAGGGUCCACGCUUUCCAUAACGAUGGGCGUCAAUGCGUUCAGAGGUUUCAUGGACGAGUUUAUGAGCCAACACGAAACAGAUAAGGCUAGGACCAAAAGAAAAAAAGACAAGAAGAGAAAAGUGGACGACCCGAUUCAGUACAAAGGGCACACGUUCAUCCUCUCCAUGAUCAACAUCCCCACGGAGUGCGAGAUAUGCAAGACAUUCUUCAUGUGGCCCAUCGAACGCUCUCUCAUCUGCCAAACCUGCAAACUCGUUUCACAUAAGAAAUGCUACAUGAAGGUGUCGACGCAGUGUCGCAAGGACUCCGUGACGCCGUCGGCGUCCAUCGUCGGCGCCGUGGACGCGGGCGGCCGCGAGCAGUUCGGAGUGCUCAAGCGGGGGAAGGUAUUUGGUAUUCCUCUAAGCGAGCUACCCACUGGAGAGGGCAACAUUCCAAUCGUAGUUGAUAGACUCAUUACCACUAUUGAAAUGACUGGACUGUACACCGAAGGUCUUUAUAGGAAGAGUGGACUCAGUUCUAAGGUGCGCGAGCUGCGGCGGCUGCUGGACGAGCGGCCGGAGGAGGGCGUGGAGCGGCUGGACGCGUACGCCGUGCACGUGCGCGCCUCCGUGCUCAAGAGCUUCUUCCGCGAGCUGCCCGAGCCGCUGCUCACCUUCGACCUCUACGACGACUUCAUACUGGCCGCCGAGAUCUCCGACCCGCAGGAGCGGGUGUCCAGUAUUUUCACAAUAUUGAAGAAACUCCCUAAACCAAAUUAUGAUUUAGUUGAAAGACUGAUAUUUCACUUAGCAAGGGUGGCUUUAGGGGAAAAUCACAAUAGGAUGGGCCCGAACGCGCUGGCCAUCGUGUUCGCGCCGUGCAUCCUGCGCACGCACAAGGUGCAGCCGGCGCAGGACUCGCUGCACGACAUCGCGCGCCAGACCGCCUGCCUCGAGGCCAUCCUCGUCGACAAGAUGAGCACGACGCGCGGAACCCUGGAAGAUAUCGCAACACUGGAUAAAGCCUCAGAAACAGCGUCCAACCGCCUCACAAUCAUCCGAGCACGCAGCCUGGCACCGCGCCAGGAGGAGCAGAUCCUGGAGGGGCACAUCCACGAGAUCGAGAAGGAAAAGCGCAACCUCACCAUCAACCUGCCCACCCUCAUCAGGGCGACGUCAGACGACGAUCUACUGUCAACAACAGACCACGACGGCGAGUUCGGAAGCACUGAUGACGUCAGCACGGGCGCGUCCUCACUGCGAUCCCAGCGUCUACUUCACCGACAGCUAUCCUCCGACGACCCCAUCAUGGUGUGAAUUAGGGAUGUCAAGAUCAAGAUUCAGCCUGCAAUAUCCCACUGCUUGGGAUCGGAGCUUGAUUUACGCUGCUCAACUGCGGGUUGAUUGGAUUAGGAAUGUAUCGGUGGUCAUUUAUCGGAACCGAAGACGGAGUUUUUAAAUUUGCUGCAUUGGAGUUAGAACCGGAGUCGGAAGCAGUUAAGGAGUAGUUAACGGAGUUGUAGAUUAGGCCAGUGAACUAAAAACUUAUUCACAUGCUACCAGGCUGUUGAUUUAAGGGGGUAGAAUUUUCUAUAUUCAUUUCCACUUUUCCCUACAAUAAGGGAUUAUUUCCGAUAGAAAUAUGUUUUUCUCUAUUGUACUCCAUUCAGUAAACUUUUUAUUUUGAUAAAUUUCUCAAGAACUACAUGUUUCCCGAAUCCAACCUUUGAUUAAAAC